AUUCAUACUAGUUUGUACAUUUAGAGUUUUCAAUUUUGUCUGUAAAGAAUUAUUAAAAAGAUGCAAUUAAAAUUAAAUUUAAUCGCUGCAGCUUGUGACAACAUGGGAAUUGGAAUAAAUGGACGAUUACCGUGGAAACUAAAGAGUGAAAUGGCAUUUUUUACAGAAAACACAACUAAAACUAAAGAUAUGUAUAAACAAAAUGCUGUUAUUAUGGGUCGAAAGACUUGGGAGUGCAUUCCAAACAAAUACAAACCACUCAAAGACAGAAUUAAUAUUGUUUUAACUAGUCAAAAUCUAGAUCUAGGAGAUGAGGCUAUUGUUUGCAAAAGUCUUUCGGCAGCUUUAGAUAUUAUUUGUCAGCCUAAAUUACAAGAAAAAGUAGAAAAUAUUUGGAUAAUCGGUGGACAUAGUGUCUACAAAGAAGCCAUGGAGUCACCUUAUUUUUAUCGAUUAUAUUUAACUAAAGUGAAAGGAAUAUUUGAAUGUGAUACGUUUUUUCCAUCUAUUCCACAUAAUUUUGAAGUUGUCGAUGAUCCUAACAUUCCUAAAGGUAUACAAGAAGAAGAUGGGAUUGAAUAUGAAUUUAAAGUGUAUAAAAAAGUUUAAAUAUUUUUUAUAAGAUUUUGAAAUUUAAACUUUUAAUGAUAAUAACUAAUAAAAAGAUUUAUUUUUA